ACGGUUCACAUCUGUUCUGAUUUAUUCCACAUUUAAUCGGUUUUUGAGGUGUUUUACUGCUGUAAAGAGUCGCCUUUAAGGCUGGAAAAGCGCUAAUAAUGGACGGUGUGUGGAUUCUGCUCGCACUUUGUACUGCACUUAACGCGCUCGCGCACACAACCCAAGGAGCGUGUGUGCACCAAGGCGUACUAAUCGCGAACAACACAUCAUGGAAACCGGACACUUGUCAGGACUGUACCUGCCACGGCGAUGUCGUCAUCUGCAAAGCUACUCGUUGCCCAAACCCACAGUGUGACUUUCAGAGGGGCGAGCGCCUGAGAAUCCCCCCUAACAAGUGCUGUCCGGAGUGUUCCGCUCAGUCGGCCGGCUCCUGCCAUCACCAGGGAGCGGUGUACGGGCACGACAGCCAAUGGAACGAGUCCAAGUGUUCCGUGUGUACCUGUUCCACGGGGAAAGUGACCUGCGUCCCUCCGGCCUGCCCCCCCCUCAGCUGCGGAGGUGGACAGAGUCCUUACAUCCCGGUCGGCGAGUGCUGUCCUAAAUGCGCCCGAAACGGAGCUUCCUGCUCCUGGGAGGGUACAGAGCACAGGGACGGUGAAGAGUGGAACCCCAGUCCCUGCGUAAGGUGCCGAUGCGACAACGGACAGAUGCGGUGCUUCGUCGCAGAAUGUCAACCUGUGACCUGCAAACCGAAUGAAAACCUGGUGAUCCAGCCGGGGACGUGCUGCCCUCAGUGCAUUUCAAACCCGUGCAUAGCAUCAGGAAAAGAAUACAAGGAUGGCGAACAAUGGCAGAAGAGCAGCUGCACCACCUGUGUGUGCCACCGUGGCCAGUCACGUUGUCAUGCAGAAAAAUGUCCCCCUCUCCAGUGUGACAAGGGUGAGAUGAAGGUGAGGCGACCCGGUCAGUGCUGCGAGGAGUGCGCCUCGACCAAAGGCGGCUGCCUGUACGAGGGUACGCCGCGCUACCACGCCGACAUGUGGAACGGCACAGGCUGCGAGUUCUGCAUGUGCCAGCGAGGCCAGGUGACGUGUCAGCGUGCUGAGUGCGCCAGGCUGGAGUGCCCACGGGGUGAAGAGCUGGUCACUCUAAGUGGAAAGUGUUGCCCGGAGUGUAAGGCGUCGGUCAGCUCCUGUGUGUAUGCACAUCCAGAAAAAGAGGGGGAGAAAACCAGCGUGAAGAGUUUCAGACGUCUGGCUGACUUAGAGAGCGCGACUGAGGGGCCGUGUAGAGAGUGCCAGUGUCGGGACGGUCAGGUGACCUGCUAUCGGCGCUCCUGUCCCACGUGUCCAGUCGGCACCCUGGCCAUGCCACAGCAAGGAGAGUGCUGUCCUGAAUGCCGCCCAGCGGUGCAGUGUCACCCCGACUGUCUGACGUGCUCCGCUACUCCGGAUCACUGCGACAGCUGUAAAGACCCGGCGGCUCUUCUCUGGAACGGACGCUGCGUGCACGUUUGUCCUCACGGAUUCUUUCCCCAGGGCCGAGUCUGUGCAGCCUGCCAGCCGUCCUGCGUCACCUGUGAGAACGGAUUUGAGUGUACGGCGUGCGGUGGGUCGCUGCUCUCCAGCGGCAGGCAGUGUGUGGCCGUCUGCGAGUCAGGACAGUAUCAGGACCACACACAGUGUUUGAGUUGCCAUGACUCCUGUUCCUCUUGCCGAGGGGCGGGUCCUCAGGCCUGUCUGUCCUGCGCCGACCCCCCCCAUCAGCUGAAGGACGGCUUUUGCGUCGAGGACUGCGGACCGGGUUUCUACGUCAGUCAAGGCCGCUGUUACGCUUGUGACCCGUCCUGUGCCACCUGCCAUCCUGAUAACCCCGACUGCCUGAGCUGCCCCGGUGGUUUUGCACUGCACCAUGGGAAAUGCGUGUCGGACUGUCCGGCUUAUCAUUACAAAGACGCGUACGGCCGCUGCCAGAUGUGUCACGGCUCCUGCGCGUCCUGCUCCGGGCCCUCGGCGUCCCAGUGCGCCUCAUGCCCAGGAUCUCUGCUUCUACACCAGGCCGAGUGUGUGGAGUCCUGCGGGGAGGGGCUGUUCCCCAGAGACGGACGCUGUUACAGUUGCCACGCGUCCUGCCGUGCCUGCGCGGGUCCGGAGGCGUCGGACUGUGUGCGCUGUGUAAAGCCGGACGAGGUGCUGCAGCCCAACGACAAGCACGUGUCUCACGGCAUGUGUCUGUCCGCCUGUCCGUCACGGCAUUACCUGGACUCACAACUCAUCUGCAGAGAGUGUCAUACCUCAUGUUCCGGCUGCACCACAGAAAACGCCCACAGUUGCACCUCCUGUCCUCCACGCGCUGUCCUGCACGACGGGCAGUGUCUCGAUCGCUGUCCUCACGGCUUUCACGUCGAGGACCAGACCUGCCGCGCCUGUCACCCGUCAUGUAAGGAAUGUUCCGGUCCCUCUCAAGCCGACUGCACAGCCUGUCCCCGCCACGCCAGCCUCCACAACGGUUACUGUCGCACCACUUGCCCUGAGGGACAGUACCUAAACGCUGUGGGCUUCUGUAACCAGUGCCAGGAGGGCUGCCAGAGGUGCACGGCCGACCUGCUGCAGGGCUCCGGGACCGUGUGCUUGUGGUGUAAAGGGUCACGCAUGCUCCUGCUGGGGGAUCGCUGCGUGGAAGACUGUCCGCACGGACACUACAGAUACCACGGAGCCUGCAAGAAAUGUCAUGCUUCCUGUGCCGAAUGCAGUGGGGAGGGACCUCUGUCCUGUACUUCCUGUGUAGCCCCGGGUGUGCUGGCCCCAUCCGGUACGUGCGUGUCUCGAUGCCCUAUAGGAUACUACGCUGACGGAAACGGAGUGUGUCGCAUGUGCGACCGACAGUGUCUGAGCUGUGAAAUGCCGGGCGUGUGUACGUCCUGCCAGGACCCGGCGAAGGUUCUGUUGUUCGGCGAGUGCCAGUAUGAAACCUGUGCCCAGCAGUACUAUCUCAACACCAGCACCCACACCUGCAGAGAGUGUGACUGGAGCUGUAACGCAUGCCGAGGCCCGUCGCGUAGUGACUGUCUGCAGUGUAUGGAAGGUCACGUCCUACAGAACGGAGUGUGCGUCCAGGUCUGCUCUCCAGGGUCCUACCAGGACGGCGAGAGAUGCCUCAGUUGUGAUGAUCACUGCGAACGGUGCGACGGACCUGGCCGGUGUCUUCGGUGCCAGGAGCGCUACGCCGUCCUGAACGGUCAGUGUGUGUCCAAGUGCGGUAACCAUUACGUCCUCGAUUCUGCUGCACGUCAGUGUGUCGCAUGUCCUUCUGAUUGCGCGGAGUGCGCGAACGUGGAAAAAUGCAGCGUCUGCGCUCAGAAGACGUUCCUCAAGAACGGACAGUGCACGCCAGACUGCGGUCGCGGCCACUACGCCGACACGAAGACCAGAGAAUGCCGAGCAAACACUCACGCUCCGACGCUCCACGUCAACGGCUCGUUCCUGGUCUCCGUCGGCGGAGUGAGCCAGCUGGACCCGGCGCUUCUGUCGGUCAAAGAUUCGGACAGCCAGUCUCAGAGCUUGGUACUCCAGCUGUUGCAGCCCCCCACUAACGGCCACCUGACGGUGCUCGAGGACGGACGAGAGAGAGCGCUCGGCAGGGACGACACGUUCAGCCUGGCACAAGUGAAGAACAGAGCCGUGCGCUUCGUUCACUCCACGGAGCAGAGCAAAGACGGCCAGUUCAUCCUGAGGGCGGCCGAUCCGCAGCUGUUCUCCCAACCACAGACUGUCAAUGUAAAGGCUGUAUCACGACAGCCACCCUUGGUCGUCACAAACCAACCUCUUUACAUAGAGCCUGGUGAAGCAGUCGUCCUCACGAGGUCGGUCCUCCGCAUCGAGGACCACGACAAUCCCCAAGACGUCCUCCUAAUGGUCCUGGAACCUCCCCAGCACGGUCGCCUGAGUCGGGUCCACGGAGACGGCCGGGUGUCCCAUUUCAAGCUGGAAGAGCUGGCCCGGGAGCAGCUGCAGUACGUUCACGGCGGCGGCAGCGAAGAGCAGGACAGACUGCUCCUGCAGAUCAACGACGGCCACAGCUACCAGAACGUCCUGGUCCACGUCAGCGUCGCUCAGCGGACCGGACUCGCCCCUUACAUGCGCUCCAUUCCCAAGACCUGGGUACGAGAGGGAGGGAUGGUGCAGCUGUCCAAAAAACAUCUGAGGGCUGAGUAUAAAGGAGCCACCGACUCGGAGAUCCUCUACACCGUUCAGACAGACGCCGGACAGCCCAGAUAUGGUGAAAUCGUGUUGGCACCCAUGCCAGCUGAUGGCCCGGUGGAAUCGUGGCAGGCUUUCCCAGAGAGCAGAGACACGACACGGACCUCUACAUUCACCCAGGAAGACGUCAAUGAGGGCACGGUGUGGUACCGCCACUAUGGAGGGGGCGCUCAGAGAGACACCUUUCAGUUUCAGGUUUCUAGCGAGAUCUUCCCUGAUACCCAGAGUGACACUCAGACCUUUACAAUCGGAGUGAUGCCUCAGACUCCAGGUUUCCCUCAACUAACUCCAGGAGCUGAUCUACAGAUCAAUGCGAUGGAGGAUCGUGUUACUCUGAUAACACCCACCGCUCUAUCCUUCACUGACUCAGAGACGCCGAGCCACAAGCUGAUCUACAACGUAACAAGGUCGCUACCUGCGGGCCAAGGUAUGCUGGAGCAUGGAGACCGACCCUACACUCACGUCCGCUUCUUCACCCAGGCUGACGUAGACGCCGGGAAGAUCUUCUACAGACCUCCACAGGCUCCUUCUCAUCUGCAGGAGCUCUAUCAGUACUCGUUCACCGGCCUCCCAGAGUCAGUGAACUUCCAUUUCACAGUAUCCGAUGGAGAACACACCACCCCAGAGAUGGACUUCGCCAUCCUGUUGCUGGCCAACCAUCAGCAGCCUCCUGUUUUUCAGAUCUUGGACCCAGUGCUGGAGGUCAGCCUGGGAGGCAGAGCCCCGAUUGGUGGUCAGCAGUUAGCCGUAACCGAUGCCGACACAUCUCCGGACGAGCUGGAGUUCGAGCUGGUGGAGGGUCCAGCGCACGGUACCCUUAUCAGGGUGGAUUUCGGCUCGCAGAUCCCAAUGGUCAACGGUGAUACGUUCAGCUUUAGCGACAUCACCAGGAACGUGCUUCAGUACGAGCACUCGGGUCAGAGCACUGAGAGGGAUGAAAUGUCCUUCUCUGUGACUGAUGGGAUGUCCUUGACCUCCACCACCGUGCAGGUGACUGUGCGGGAGGUCAGAGGAGACGGGCCCAGGCGAGACCCCGAGGCCCUGCUGUCAUUGGAAGUGGCCGAGAAGAGCAGCACGGUCAUCAGACGCUCACAUCUGGCUUAUGUGGACAAAGGCUCCUCUGAUGAUAAGAUUCGUGUCCAGCUGGUUUCAGUGCCCAUGUAUGGGAUCCUUACCAGAACCAGUUCUGAAUCUGACCAUGAAGAACUGCAGGAGUAUUCUUCCUUCACCAUGGAGGACAUCAACCGCGGCAAAAUCCGGUACGUCACAUCGUUCGAAACCGGUAACCAGCCUGUCACCGAUAUCUUCCAUUUCAUCGUCUACGACGGUGAGAACAACCGCCUGGACAACCAGAUGUGCACCAUUACCAUCACAUCUGUGCAGAGACAGCCACCCAUAGUUACUGUACGCAGCGGUAUCAGGGUCCAAGAAGGAGGCCGAGUCCAGGUGUCAGCCAAUCACAUCAUUGCGUCUGACCCAGACACGUCCAAGAAGGAUCUGCUCGUGUGGCUGAUCAACCCUCCGAAGUACGGCUUUAUCGAGAAUACAAGGCGAGUCGGCUCGAUGGGUGGAGCUCAGGUCAUCAGUCCUGAUGUCCCCUUCACGAUAGAGGACCUCACCUCAGACCACAUCUUCUACGUUCAAAACGUCCACCAAGCAAACGUUCACCAAGACGUCUUCAGCUUCUACAUAAGCGACGGGUCCAGCCAGACUGAAGCCUUCGACGUCACCAUAGACAUCCAGCACACUAAGGAAGACAAAGUUCCAGUCGUCUCUGUGAACAGUAUCCACGUGGAGGAGAACACGGGCAUCGUCAUUACCAAUUCCUCCCUCAACGUGCUGGAUCCGGACACGCCGGAGAACGAGAUCGUGCUCACUAUCAUCAAGAAGCCGUCCUAUGGUAAACUUCGCAGAAGACAGUUCUACUCGCAGCCCUUACAAAAUGGCAAGAUCCUCCAUCAGGGCUCCACGUUUACCUACCAAGAUGUCCUGGAUGAGCUGCUGGUGUACGUCCCCGACACUCAGGGCUCCACCACCGACGAGAUCCGCUUCUCCGUUACUGACGGGGUUCACACGGAAACGGGGCGUCUGGAGUUUAAUAUGGACGUCAAAAGGAGGGAGGGGCCCCGGGUCACCAUUAACAGAGGCCUUCAGUUGGCAGCAGGUUUGUCAUCAAAGAUCACAGAGCAGCACCUGAAGGGAACCGACAUCGAUUCGGACAACCUAAAACUCAAAUUCACCGUGACCAAAGACCCAAGUGUGGGUGCACUGCAGCUUCACCAAGGCAGGAACAAAGUCCAGGUCUCCGCCAAAGGUCCUGUCAAGACUUUUUCCCAAGAAGACAUCAAUAAAGGCUUGCUGGAGUACGUCCAUGAGAAAGGCAAGAGUGGAGGCAGCUACUCCUUUAAAUUUAACCUAGAUGAUCCAGAGGGUAACAAACUGAUAGAUGAAUCAUUCUUCAUCACUGUUCUAGAGGAUAAACUUCCCCCGUCAGUGGUGGUAAACAAAGGUUUGGUGCUGGACGAGAACUCAGUGAAGAAGAUCACAACUCUUCAGCUGUCCUCUACAGACCAGGACAGUGAACCUGGAGAACUGGUGUACCGUAUCACCAAACAGACCCUGCUGGGGCAUUUAGAGCUUUCUACCGAUCCAGGCAAGCGCAUCAGCGCGUUCACCCAGGCUGACCUGGCUUCACGCAACGUGCAGUACGUCCACACCAGCGAAGAAGAGAAACACUCGGACGAGUUCUCGUUCACGGUGUCGGAUGGGGCUAACGAGAUCUCCCAGACGUUCUACAUCACCGUAAGGCCAGUGGACGACUCCAUUCCGGUGUUGACCAUGUCGGGCUUGAGGGUGCAGGAGGGAGUGAGGAAGACCAUCACUGAGUUUGAGCUGAAGGCCACCGAUGCAGACACAGAGGAGGACUCGGUCACCUUCACCAUCGUCCAGGCUCCUCGUCACGGCACCAUCGAGCGCACCAACAACGGUCAGCACUACCGCCAGACCAACACCUUCACCAUGGACGACGUUUACCAGAACCGCAUCAGCUACAACCACGACGGGAGCAACUCCCUCAAGGACCGCUUCUCUUUUACCGUCAGCGACGGCACCAACAUGUUCUUCAUCACAGAAGAAGGUGGAAAGGAGAUGGUCACAGCAGCACCUCAGAAAUUCAAGAUUGACAUUCUGCCCGUUGACGACGGAACACCUCGCAUUGUGACUAACCUUGGUCUGCAGUGGCUGGAGUACAUGGACAACAGGGCUACUAACCUGAUCUCCAAGAAAGAACUGCUCACCGUGGACCCGGACACUGACGAUGGUCAGCUGACUUAUGAGAUCACCGUCGAACCCAAACGUGGUUAUGUAGAGAGCAAGCUCAAGCCAGGAGCUCCUAUUAAAUCUUUCACACAAGCUGACAUCAACCUCGGUCUCAUCCGCUACGUUCUUAACGAGGACGUCGUCCAUGAGACCUCAGACAACUUCAAGUUUCUGGUGAAGGACAGCAAGCCGAACAUCGUCAGCGACAACGUGUUCCACGUUCAGUGGUCGCUCAUCAGCUUCGAGCAUAGCAGCUAUAACGUGAGCGAAAAGGCGGGCACGGUGGCCGUGACGGUGAAGAGGACCGGCAACCUGAACCAGUACGCCAUCGUUCUGUGCCGUACCGAGCCGGGAACCGCCACCUCUACCUCCACCGCCGGGUCUCAGCCCGGCAAACAGGACUACGUGGAGCACGCAGGACAGGUUCAGUUUGACGAGCGAGAGGACACCAAAGUGUGCACCAUCGUGAUCAAUGACGACCGGGUGUUUGAGGACUUCGAGAGCUUUAGCGUGGAGCUCAGCAUGCCCGUGUACGCUCUGCUCGGCCAGACGACCCGCGCCAAGGUCAACAUCAACGACACCGAGGACGAGCCCACCCUGCAGUUCGACAAAAAGACCUACCACGUCAACGAGAGCAGCGGCUUCGCCUACGUUCCCGUCGAGAGAAAAGGCGACACCAGCGGCACCGUGUCCGCCCUCUGCUACACCGUACCCAGAUCGGCCAAGGGCAGCAGCCUCCACGCCCUGGAGUCCGGCUCCGACUACAAGAGCCGGGGCAUGAGCUCGGAGAACCGCGUGGUCCUCGGCCCCGGGGUCAGCAUGUCCACCUGCGACGUCACGCUGAUCGACGACAGCGAGUACGAGCCCGCGGAGGAGUUCCAGCUGGUGCUGUCGGACGCCUCGGACAACGCUCGCGUGGGCGGGAUUACGGUGGCGAAAGUCGUCAUCGACGGCCCCAACGACGCCUCCACCGUCUUCCUGGGGAAUUCGUCCUUCACCUUCAGCGAGGACGCAGGCACGAUCGAGAUCCCCGUGCUGCGCCGGGGCAGUGACCUUUCCUCGGUGGCGUCUGUCUGGUGCGCCACCCGACCCGCUGACCAGGACUCCGCCACCCCAGGAGUGGACUACAUCCCCAGCUCCAAAAAGGUCAACUUCAAGCCUGGCAGGACCGAAGAGACUUGUAGUUUGACCAUAGUGGACGACAUCCAGAACCCCACCAUUGAGGGCAAGGAGUCCUUCAUUGUGUUCCUCAGCUCUGCUAAUGGCGCCGUGCUUACAGAGCCGCAUGAAGCUUCGGUGUACAUCGUCGACACCGCCCAAGACAUCCCCAGUAUGCAGUUCGAGAAGGCGGCCUAUACCGCCAAGGAGAAAGACGGAGUCCUGAACGUCCCCGUCGUCCGGACAGGCGAUCUGACGUACAAAUCCUCCGUCCGCUGUUUCACCCGCACCAUGUCCGCCAUGGUGAUGGACGACUUCGAGGAGAGGAGGAACACAGACGCUUCUCAGAUAGUUUUCCUCAAAGGAGAGAAGGUGAAGAACUGUACGGUUCACAUCAACGAUGAUUCUGUGUUCGAGCCUGAAGAGGAGUUCCAGGUUCAUCUGGGAACACCGCAGGGGGAUCACUGGAGCGGAGCCAUGAUCGGCAUCAACGAUAUUGUCACCGUGACCAUCACUAACGAGGAGGACGCACCGACGAUCGAGUUCGAACAAGCGUCGUAUCAAGUGCGAGAACCUCCCGGCCCGGACGGCCUCGAGGUCCUGAAUAUCAAAGUGAUCCGAAAAGGAGACCUGGACCGCACCUCCAAGAUCCGCUGCAGCACCAGGGACGGGUCGGCCCAGUCCGGAGUGGACUACAACCCUAAGAGUCGGGUCCUCAAGUUCAUCCCUGGGAUGGACCACGUCUUGUUUAAGGUCGAGAUCCUGUCCAACGAGGAGCGAGAGUGGCACGAGUCGUUCUCGCUGGUCCUCGGGCCCGACGACCCGGUGGAGGCUGUGCUCGGAGACGUUACCACGGCUACUGUCACCAUUCUGGAUCAGGAGGCUGCUGGAAGUCUCAUUCUCCCGGCUCCUCCUAUUGCUGUGUCACUCUCCGACUACGACCACGUCCACGAGGUGACCAAGGAGGGCAGCAAGAAGUCGCCGUCUCCCGGGUACCCCCUGGUCUGCGUGACCCCGUGCGACCCUCACUACCCUAAAUACCCGGCCAUGAGGGAGCGCUGCGAGGAGGCCGGGAUCAACCAGUCCUCCGUCCACUUCGGCUGGGAGGUGGCGGCACCCACCGACACCGGCGGUGCGAGGUCGCCGUUCGAGACGGUCACGGACAACACGCCCUACACGACCGUCAAUCACAUGGUCCUGGACAGCAUCUACUUCAGCCGCCGCUUCCAUGUCCGAUGCGUAGCUCAAGCACGGGACAAGGCCGGGCACCUGGGAACACCCUUGAGGAGCAACAUUGUCAUCAUUGGCACCGAGGGCUCCAUAUGUCACACCCCGGUGACCACCGGAACUGCACGCGGCUUCCAGGCCCAGUCCUUCAUCGCCACCCUGAAAUACCUGGAUGUCAAACACAAAGAGCAUCCCAACAGGAUUCACAUCUCGGUUCAGAUUCCUCAUCAGGACGGCAUGCUGCCCCUGGUGUCCACCAUGCCGCUGCACAACCUGCACUUCCUGCUCUCCGAGUCCAUCUAUCGGCAGCAGCACAUUUGCUCCAACCUGGUCACCCUGAAGGACCUGAAGGGCAUUUCUGAAACUGGAUUCCUGGACGACGUUUCCUACGACAGCAUAUCUCUGGGCCCUGGGUUCGAUCGGCCCUACCAGUUCAACCCCGGCGUCCGUGAGCCCAAAACCAUCCAGCUGUACAAGCAUCUUAACCUGAAAAGCUGCAUCUGGACGUUCGACGCGUAUUACGACAUGACCGAGCUGAUCGAUGUCUGUGGGGGGUCGGUCACUGCUGACUUCCAGGUGAGAGACUCUGCACAGUCGUUUCUAACCGUGCAGGUUCCACUUCACGUGUCCUAUAUCUACGUGACAGCUCCUCGGGGCUGGGCCUCCCUGGAACACCAUACAGAGAUGGAGUUCUCCUUCUUCUACGAUACGGUUCUGUGGAGGACAGGCAUACAGACGGACAGCGUGCUCUCAGCCAGACUGCAGAUCAUUCGGAUCUUCAUCAGGGAGGAUGGGCGGCUAGUAAUCGAGUUUAAAACUCAUGCUAAAUUCAGAGGCCAGUUUGUCCCGGAACACCACACCCUGCCCGGGCACAAAUCCCACCUGAUGGCCCCGGAUCACCUCGGAGGAAUGGACUUUGACCUGCAGCUGGUGUGGAGCGCACAGACCUUCGACUCCCCCUACCAGCUCUGGAGGGCCACCAGCUCCUACAGCCGGAAGGACUAUUCGGGAGAGUACACAGUGUUUCUGAUUCCCUGUACGGUGCAGCCCACUCAGCCGUGGAUCGAUCCUGGAGACAAGCCUCUGUCCUGCACCGCUCAUGCUCCUGAAAAGUUCUUGCUGCCCAUCGCGUUCCAGCAGACGAACCGCCCCGUUCCAGUGGUGUACUCGCUCAACACCGAGUUCCAGCUGUGCAACAACGAGAAGAUGUUCAUGAUGGAUCCUGCUACUACAGACGUGUCCAUGGCUGAGAUGGACUACAAAGGAGCUUUCUCCAUGGGUCAGACCAUGUACGGCCGGGUGCUGUGGAAUCCUGAUCAGAAUCUCAACUCGGCCUACAAGCUGCAGCUGGAGAAGGUCUACCUGUGUACCGGCCGCGACGGCUACGUCCCCUUUUUCGACCCCACGGGGACUCUGUACAACGAGGGGCCUCAGUACGGGUGCAUCCAGCCCAACAGGCACCUCAAACACCGCUUCCUGCUGCUGGAUCGGAAGCAGCCGGACGUGUGUGACCGGUACUUCCACGACGUCCCGUUCGAAGCCAGCUUCGCCUCGGACAUCCCCGAGCUUCAGUCCAUGAUCUCGAUGCCCGGCGUGGACGGCUUCACCAUGAAGGUCGACGCCCUCUAUAAGGUGGAAGCGGGGCAUCAGUGGUACCUCCAGGUGAUCUACGUAAUCGGGCCGGACUCCGUAUCCAGCCCCAGAGUGCGUCGUUCCGCCAGCUUAGCCCUCAAACGCGACCUGUCCUCGCAGUCCGUCCUGGACGAGUCUCUCAUCUACGACAACGAGGGGGAAAAGGUGAAGAACGGAACCAACAUGAAGGCUCUGAGGCUGGAACCCGAGCCCGCGGCCACCUUCGACCGGCACACCGGGAGCUCGGUCGGGGGCGGACUGGCCGCCGUCGUCUUGCUCCUCGUGCUGCUCGCGGCUUCCUACUUCCUGUUCGUGAAAUGCAGGAGGAGGGGCGGCGGGAAGGCGGGUAAGCACAGGGCGGAGGAGUACCCGCUGAACACCAAGGUGGACGUCGAGCGCACGGAGAAGAACCUGAACGGCAAGCGCAACGUCAACCUGUUCAGCCAGGGCGACGAGACCUGCAAGGUCAACGGGGUCAAGGUCAAGCGGGUCAACCUGGAGGUCAAACUGCACAACAAUCUCAACGACGGCACUGAAGUCUGAUCUGUGCCCCCCCCAAAAAAAUAAAUAAAUAAAUAAAAACCUUGUAUUUAAUAAGAAAUUGUAAAAAAAAACUACACGAAAAACAAACGUAUUUUGUUGUAUUUUUUAUUGGUUUGUAUUAAUAAAUAUAAUGUAUUUUUAUACGGCGGUAAGAGGGAGAGAAAGGGAACGUGUGUUUUACAGCUAUGCAGCUUCAAGGAUUUUGCAACUGAGCUACCUCAGCUCGAACCAUCUCAGUCCGAUUCUCAGUUCGCGUCUUUUAGAUUCAUUUCACCAAACGCCGCUUUUGUUGGCUACGUUUGCGCUGCAAGGUUUGAUCCUUUAUCCCGAUUUAGUCCUUUAGGUCGCUCGUAUUAUCUUUUUUCUGGUAUACACUGAUACCAAGGUUGAUCGGCCAGCCAUCGGUCACUUAAGGACGUUUUUAACCCACUUCAGUGUUGUUUUGGCUGUAUGCUUCGGCUCAUUGCCAAAUGUGUAGGAUCUCAGAAUCACAUUCACUAUAUGGACAAAAGUAUUAGGAUUUGUUGCAGCCACAGCGAUUGCUAACAGGUGUAGUGAAGCAGUUGUAUAAAGGAAAUGACUGUACAUGCUUCCGACUUCACAGCAAGUUUAGGGAAGGCCCUUUCCAGUUCCAGCAUGACUGCACCCCUGUGCACAAAGCAAGCCCUGUAAAGAUGUAAAUAAAAGCUUGAUUUAAAAUGAUAGAAACACGCUGGCACACCAGAGCCGACAGCUCUGCUACCGCCUACGCGAAGAACAAUGAUUGGUUGUUGUUCAAAGGGGGAUGCCGGAGGGGAUUCCUCAUAACUGAUGCAAUCACGACCUCUGCUGGCUGAUUGAUGCCGCCUGCACAGAGACGGGGGAUAAUGUGAUCAGGGUGUGGCUCUCCGUACACAAAGCUGAUCACAUAUGAACUCGCCUUCGUGCAGGUCGGAGGGGGCGCGUGUUUGUCACGGCUCUACUCGGUCAGAGUGGAGGUCGACAUCAGUAGAGAGGAAGCGUAAUGCAAUCGGGUGACUGGAUACGACCAGAUUGGGGGGGAAAAAAGAAACUCCAUUGACUUCAGCAAGACUGAACAGCUCUGGAAUGACCCGGAACAUCAACUGAGGCUUUGUCGACCCACACCUGUCCAAUCGUUUGACUGAAUGGGCACAAAUUCCCACAGCCAUACUUCAAAAACUAUGGAGAGCGCUUGCCAGAAGAUUGUCUGGUCUUCUAAACACAGAGGUCACUCUGUCUAUUUUAUUGCCAUUUGGUUCGGGUGUCCGAAUACUUUCUGUCGUAUAGCACAGUGGUCCCCAACCACCGGGCCGCGGACCGGUACCAGUCUGUGGGCAUUUAUUACCGGGCCACACAGAAAGAAUAAAUGAUUAGAGAUCGCUACAAGAGCAAUUCAAUUUACAAUACUCUUUGGGUGUUAUUGUCCCCAAUCACCACUAGGUGGGAGCAAAAAAGCUCAGGAUUUAUGCUGAUUUUACAUUCUAUAGUUCUUCUAUUUUAAAUCCUCCCGCCCCCACCGGUCCGUGAAAUUAUAUCUUAUAUGAAAGCGUUCCGUGGUGCAGAAAAGGCUGGGGAGAAUUUGACCUGAAGUGUGAGCGUAGCCGUCGCGACGACACAGCGGCCCGUGGUAGCUCGGCCACUUCGGGACUUCAAGCGAACGCCCCCCCGUCCUCCGUGUUACGUUAAGUGUUAAGCACAGGCUGCGUGCCGAAACGUUUUUAAAGUGCAAUUACGUGGUGACGUGAUGGUCAUCCUUCUGCCCUGGAUUCUAUUUCUCGAUCACCUUUGUGCCAUGCUAAUAUUCCAAGUGCGAUUUUCUUUAUUCGAAUCCAAAUUACAAAUAUCGCUGCCUGUAGAACGUACAGUACAGUAGAGCCAGUUUUGCACCGAUGUUUUGUCGCUACACUGUUUUUACUUCUUACUUUAUUCAAACCCUGUGGAUUGAAGUCGUUGCACUGUAUAUACGGUACGUUCUGAUGUCGACGAGAUUCUCAGCAUAUUAUCUCACACUAUGUAUUACUGUAUGUUAUUCUAUGUAUUACCAGCCCGCACAUCCAGUGUUGUGUUUUUGACUUUACGGAUCACAUGGUGCUCGUUCGGAACCCACAGCACAGCACAGCGCAUCGUCUACAACAUGUUUGUCUACACAUUUGAAUUAUAAUUUGUUCGAGUGCCCGUGGAUCACUGAAGAGAACAUAUUUUUGGUGCUAUUGUAUGUGGGGAAAAUAAUGUUGCUUUUGAUGUGUACUACAGUAUGUGCCUUUUUAUUAAUAAAAAAGACAUCUGAAUAUAAAA